AAAAUGUGGGAAAGUUCAAGGGGGCCGAAUACUUUUGCAAGCCACUGUAGUUAUAUACAUGUAGGAUAGCAUCGCAUGUGUUCUACACACACACACAGUGGGGCAUUGUGAGUUCAUGGGAGACAUUAAACAGAUGGUGAGGCUCCUUCCCUUAUCAGGGAGGAUUCGAGAGGUAAAUCUCUGGGUGACGGCUAAGUGAAAAACAAGGACGCAUCUCUCUGUUUAAAGGAAAGGUUUCAAGGAGGGAACUGAGGGUAUAGGCUCAUGCGAUGGGACAAUAUGUAAGAGGUGUGUUUUUGUCCACCCCUGUAUUUAAAGAAACGCUUUGUUUUUCAUUGUUAGAGACCACUUUGGUGUUUGACAAUGUGAUUAAACCAGAUGCUCAUCAGUGUUUGCAGUUUAUGUUAAAACUUCCACAGCACUCUCAUUACACCCUUAACCGUAUCCCAGACUGUUGUGGGUUCCACUUCAUUAUCUUUGUUUAAAUUAUUACAAUCUCGAGUUUCUUUCUUUAUUUCCUGCACUACUGUGUUUUUUGUUCAAAAUUCCAAUGUUUAGUCUCUGUUGGGUCCUUCGUUUUAAGUCUUCCAGGUUAACUGUCAGGUGAAUGGCGUUAUGAUCUGAUGUGUCAGCUGUCCCAAUUGUACAAUCUGAGACCCUCCGUCUCUCUGUAGUGUUCAUCAGGAAAUAGUUCUGGAAUAGACCUUGUGAGUUGCAGAGUAAUGUGUAAUGUCUUUUUCUUCUGGAUGGAAAUCCCUCAGCACCUCAAAUAGUUCACUUUCCUUAAUUUUUUAAAACAUUUCCACAUUUUUAGACACAGUAUGUUGUAUGUAUGCUGUCCAGUGCUCGUUGUAGUUUGAUAUAAUAUUCCUUCUUCUUAUAAAUACCUUCACUCAGGGAGACCACUUGAUCAAAAACAAGCCUGAGACAUGUCAGGUCACUCUGGAGGUGCGUCUAUAUUGACUAGGGCGACCACGGUGCUGUUGAUUCUGCCUUUAACAAUGACAUCUCUACCAUCUUUAUUGGCUUCCACUUUCAUCGCUUCAAAAUUGACGCGGUUAGAUAUUAGUGUAAUAACCCCCCUCCUUCUGCUGUUUUUACAUGAACUGCAGAAAGAGUUUAUAUAGCCUAGCUUUUCAUCUUCUCAUGUUCGUUUUCAUGUGUGUUUCUGGGAGAAGCUGCUCUUGCCUUUUUCAGUUUUGCAGUGACUUCACUCCUUUUUAUAGGAUUGCCAAGACCAUUAACAUUCCAACAGUCAGCCCUAUAAACAAAAAUGAUACUCUAUAAAAGUCCAGAACUGUAACAGAACACCUAACAUGGAAGAAGACCAAAUAAUACUGUGAACUCCAAUGGUGGGGCAGAUAACUGUCCUGCUCCAUAACCCUGCUGGUGGGUCAUGGGAAAGGCCUGUCGUAAAGACAGGGCCCUACGCUGGGGGCUAGUGAUGAAACAAGCACCAGCCUAUUUGUCCAGCGCUCUUAAUUUCGAAAGCUGCUCCCAGCUAUAAGCAUCUGAAGCAAAUUUACAUCUGACCCGUUGUUGUUCCCACACCACACCAUCGUAGUCAUUCCAGAGUGCUCCUUUUGAAUAUCCAGAGUUUUUCUUUGGCUCUCCCUGCAGCUGUAGAUCAGCCUUCCUUCUGGCUCUUUUCCAGGCGUUGCCAUUUUAGUUGCUCCUUCCGUCUGGUUGCAGCUGAGGCAUCCUCCUCUCUCAGAGCGGAUACCACUACGCUGAAGCAGCGUCUCUUUCGUUCCAGCCCUGCUUCGUGUGCGUUGCUGUAGGUUCGGAUUCCGUUGUCACAGUCAAUUCUCUUAUUAGUGUCUGUAAACGAAUGCCUUUCUCCUUUAGUGCCUUCUUUAUCCCGUUGUAGUCUCUAUGUUUCGAAUAAUCUCUGCUGCAUAAUCAUGGUCGAAGAACAGCGUUUGGUUUCAGGAUAUUAGCUAAACAGAAAGGCACAACUAGCAAUUCAAUGAAAAUAAAAAGAGAAGAAAUUCUGAAAACAGAAAGCUCUUUGGAAGGCAAAGGUUUUCCCAUCGGUGCUUGAUAGAGGAUUUCAGAUGCUCAGUCAUCCAGGACUGUUGUUGUGUUACAGUGGUCCCAGUGUUUUCAGUGGGUGACAGGUAAACCAGCAGUCUGUGAUAUGGAGCCAUGCUGCUGUACAUCAGGAGUGUGGUGUGAUACUGAAUUUCUGAAGUAAUCAAGACUUUUCCAGAAGAAGACAUCUGGAUACCAACAUGUGUUGCUUUAACACCCCCAAAGAUCUUCUAAGCUACUCGUGCUGUGCAAAAUGCUAGCUUUGGACUGUGCGUGGACAGUGGGCCCACUGUGGCUCACAGCAUGACAAGGUGUCCUUGACCAAGAUAUUGAAUCCUAAACUGUCCCUGGUGCAGCCAUCAGUUUGUGUGACUGAUGAAAUGCCCAAAAUAAGCACCUUGUGUUUGAACAAAUGUAUUUUCCAGGAUGAAGGCAACAACGCUUUAAGAUGUUUAUAUAACUGUUGUCACUUUUUAAUGUUGUGUAGCUUGUUGUUGGUGUGAUGACAAACCAUUCAUGACACCUUGCAGGGACUUCCUCUGUGGUCCUGGCUAUUCCUGCUAUUGUUGCUAGGUGCAUGUCAGUGUGUUACCCUAAUCUGAUUGGCUUUUGUCUUUCUUUCUGUUUUUUUUAACCUCUUUCAGAUCGUGUGGUGAACUGAAAAGAACGCUGAAGCAAAGGUGGAGAGCAGCAGGACUUUGGUCUCCUGCUGUCCCGUGUUUUUGCUGGAAACUCCACUUCUCUCACUGCCCAGUACACUCCUACUGUUCUUCCUGUUCGUUCACUCUCCUUCUAUCAUCUAUCUGCCCAUCUUGCUCGACAAAUAGAUCAACAGAAUCCAAGCGCCAAAAACUAGGAGACCAUCUCAGCUGUUUCUGUAGAAGCACUGCUAAUAGAAAGAACACAAGUGGAUGUAACUGCCCCCACCCGCAGAGUUCGGUUCAGUCCCACGGGCGAUGAGACGAGCCAGGAGCUUCAUCUUUCUCUAGACACUUUCUUCUACACCUUCUGUCUUCAUGCUUUGGGGGUCCUCAGGUGCCCCCACCCCGUGUCGACCCCCCCACACCCGUUGCCACCACGGCAGACCACCCCAAUCGCCUUGUUGCCAUGCCGACAGAGACACUGACUCCAGCCCUGCCAGAUAGCAAGGCUGCUGGCCCUGCAACGCCCUUCAGUUCCACUGUACCCCUCCGCAUCCUCAACAAGGGCCCCGAGUACUUCAGGAGACAGGUGGAACCAAACCCUAAGCGCCUCAGUGCUGUUGAAAGACUAGAAGCUGAUAAGGCCAAGUAUGUCAAGAGCCAGGAAGUCAUCAAUGCCAAGCAGGAGCCAAUCAAACCACCUGUGCUCGUUAAACCACCUGCUGGCCAUCCCCUGCUAUCCAAGAGAGGUCCUGGCAUCGGUGGAGGAGGCAGUGGAGGCGGGUUACCUUUCAAAGCAUCCAAUAACAAUGCCAAGUCAGACACGUGCGCAACAAGCUGUGGCAGCAUCAAACGGGAGAAUUUAAACCUAGAGAUCCUAAAAAAUCUGCUAAACUCAUCGUCUUCUUCAGCAGCAGGAUCUGGAGGUGGAGCUAAGAGUGCUGUGCAUAUGAGGUCAACAGGUGGAAUGCCCAGGAGUUGGACACCAUCGGGGAUGCCGUUAACCUAUCGGUCUACCAUGACUCUUAACGAACAACCACCCGACUCGACUCCCAGUCCCAGCACCUCACACUCCCUCCGAUCCUUCUCCCAUUCACUGAAGGUUCCCCCGAUCAACAGCGGGGGGCGUCGCAGUCCGCAACAGGGAGGAAACCUGAAUCUCAGCAGACGAGUCCAAGAUGAGAGAAGCGGCGAAGGAGGCGUUAUGGAUCGGUCUCGGUCCCCGCUGCCACCUCUGCUUACUUCCCACUCAUCUUCCGACCUCCUGCGGCUGUGCAAUGGCAAGCCGCUCCGUACUGCACGAUCCAGUAGCUCCUCAGCUCCGCCCCUCCCUCCAAAACCCAAACCUGCUUCCCUCCCUCCUCCUGCACUUUCUUUGUCACUGCCUCCCCCUCGUCCUGCCCCAUCCCCCUCACCUUGUGACAACACCACCCCUCAGUCGCUACCUUGUGAUCUUGGAGAUCCUUCAAAAAUGUUAGCUGAUCCUAACCUCGAGCUAGAACCUGGUUCGUCAGUGGCACGUCGCUCCUCGCUGCACAGAUCUAAAUCAGACCUGUCAGACCGUUACGCCCGGGCCGGAGCUGACGUGGAACGCUUUUUUAACUACUGCGGACUCGACCCUGAGGAGCUGGAGGCGGUUGGUCCGGAGAACUUUGCACGGGCCAACUCGGAUAUCGUCAGUUUGAAUUUCCGAUCAGCUUCUAUGAUUUCCUCUGACUGCGACCGUUCUCGGCGAUCUUCCAAUGAUGGUCUGUCAGAUGGGGAUGAGGGUGAGGACGAAGAGGAGGAGGCUGGGGAGCGUGUGCCAUAUGGCAUUUCGGCUGUGGAGCGAAAUGCAAGGGUCAUUAAAUGGCUAUAUAGCAUUAAGCAGGCGAGAGAGUCACACAAAGUGUCCCAUGUUUAGAAGUGGAGGUUCUUUAGGCUAAAGAUAAAGAGGCUGUUGUCUUAUUGCUGAACGAAAACUUUUUCAACUGUGUGUAGCUGAAUGAAAGAGGGAGGAGUGCACAGGUGUAACCCAAGCCAGGUAAGGAAAGAGACGAAAUAGCGUCUGAAGAUUAUUAGAAAAGACAAAGACUGCAGUCCUCCAAAGUUUAGAACAAGAAAAACACCAAGAACAAGAAGAGGAAAGGCAAAUUCAGUGCUUACUCUAGAGUGGCCGUUAACUGCUUCUCUGUGGACACUGUAUGAACUGUUGUGUAAGCAACAGGAACAAAAGUGAAAUGCACUACAUUUGUCCAAGGAUCCAUAAUGUGGCCAUCGCAGUAGAAAGGAUUGAAGACGUUUCUCACAGAGGACAUUUGGACUUGUCAGACAUCAGUACGACUGACACUCUGUUAAAUGUAGCCUUUGACACCUGCACUCAUCGUCUUUGAAAUGUUCCUCAGUCCACUUUUGUGCUCUUUCAUGGUCACAUCCUCAGUAGGAAACAGUCGGCCAGUUGUAAGUGGUUGAACAUCAUCUUACCUCACAAAUGCUGUCUGUUAGAAAAAUAAAGCUACAGGUUAACUGUCUUUAGCUAGCACAGAAAUAUUUUAUACAGGCCUCAGUCUUGCUUACAUUUAUCGCUCAUUACAGAUACUUUGGAUAUGUUCUCCCUUUGGGACACUAAGAAACAAAAAAAACCCAACCUCUGACCCUGUGACUAAGUUUGCAUAGUAAAUGUAUACAUGUGAUAAACUGAAAGCUUAAACAACAAAGACCCGUUAAAUCAGCACAUUUCUUGGACGGAGGCAGCUGUCUUUCACACAAUCUGCCUAAAUUUGCACUCAAUGCAGCGCAUGUAGCUUAUUGCUAAACCAUUGGUGAAUGACGUCACACUCGUUGUGGUUUGUCUAGCAUCUCACAGAAGUUCUUCCUCACAGUACUUUUCUGAUUGUUUGAGGUGAUCAGCUCCCCAGUUUCCAGCUUUUUGCCUUAUCAGAAACAUCAGUAGCAUCAUUCACUUACAGUAAUACGGUUGCCAACUUUUUAGCUAACAAAUACGGGACACUCUGGCAUGCCAGAAGCACAAUACACAACCAGCUGGGUGUAGUGCACAUAUGCACUGUAUGUGACAUUGCAGGUAAUGGUCAAUAAAUGGGACAUUUAAAGUGGACUAAGUGGCAAACCAGUGUUUGCUCAUUAUACAGCUAAAACGGGGCAGUUGGCAACCCUAGACAGCAACACUGUGAGGUUUGCAGUUAACAAAUGGCCCCAAUAAAAUGCCUGUUGCUAUAACCCACGGUUAAACAGCACAUGAAUUUUAAAUAAAAAGUGAAAAUCCUUAUCAAGUAGCACCUGUUUCCAUAACUUGUCACUGUUCAUAAGUUGGUGGAACGGAGUCAUCGUCUGUGCUUUCCUACAGUAACAAGUCCAAAUGUCCACUGUGAGAACAGCCCGCACGCAGUGCUGAUGAGGCUGCUGAACACACCUUGUGAAAGACGCCGCUGCAAACACGACUGAACUGUCAGAGCAAACUCGGUAAAAUCACUUGAUAUUUGCGUAAAGUGACUGUUAAAGGAUGGAUUGAUGACUUCGUCACUUGCCUCAAUGAAGCUGCUGCAAAUUGUUGAAAAACUCUGAAAUACAGACGGUGUUAGAGUUGCGAAAUAAAGACAUCGGAGCGGGUGGUGAGUGAGACAAGAAGGAAAGCAAGGAACAUGAAACAAAAACUAAUGUCACAAACUCUGAGCAUAUUUAUGUGGUUGCACCAUCAAAUCAUUGCACUCUUUGGCCUUUAUCGCCAAAUGUCUCAUUACGCUGCCGUGUCAGCCAACAGAACAUUUCAGCGGAGAGUUUAGGUGUCCUGUGGUGGGAUAUCUGUAAACAACAUAUUCAAUUCAGGUGUAUUUAUUUAGCACCAGAUCACAACAGCAGUCACCUCAAAGCACUUUACACUGUAAAGUGAAGAGUCUACAGUAUUCUAGAGAAAACCAUGACCUCUAGUUUCAAUUUGAAAGCUUUUGAUAUUAGAGCCGUGGUUUUAAUGGGAAUUUCCCAACUACUUCUCCAUCUUAAGGUCACAGAGGGUUGGAGCCUUUCCCCAUUCAGACAGCCAUUGUACCACUCAAGUCAAAAUUAACUGUGGUAAUGAACAGAUUUCUUCCGUGAGGCUGCUUUCAUGACGUAGGGUGACAUCAACAGAAGUGUUAAAGUACCAAACCUUGACUUCAUGCCGCCGAUGUCAGUGGGACUAUUAAACAGACCACAACUACUGACUUUUCUUUGGUGGCAGCCAAAUAAACCAAACGCCCGGUGUUGAAGAAGCUGAAACAAUCAGACCUGUAGAUGUAUCCACAGACGGUCCAAACCUUUAUUGCAGUGGAAACCUAAUGAGAACGUGAGUGAAGCUGCAGGACACCAAGACUCUCCUGUCGAAACAGUGUUGGUACAAAUCAUCAUGUAUCACCAUGUGCAAACACCUACACUGAAAGCAAUAUUAUGCAUACCGUAUUGCAGUGCAGAACAGUGUAUGAAGGUGUCAGACUGAAGUGUUGCUCACGCUGAUUGCACGCUGCAGCCACACACAGCUCCAGCAGUGCGUCUGCCACCCGGCGCCGACUCCAUCUCUCUACUGUAUCCAAACCCUCAGUCAGUCCAUCACAGGAGCAAAGUCUUUCGCUCUGUCUUUGUUUGCUCCUAAUAAUGACGGUGGCCGGAUUACUGAGUUCCACACCACCCUUCACAUCUGUCUGCAAGCCGCUGACAUGUCUGAAGGCCUGAAGCCAUAUGGGUGUGAAUGCAGUGCCUCAGCCAGCAGUUCCAUCUACCCCACCACCACCUCCUUUUAGCUCACUUACAGGUCUGCAAAGGUCCAAGCACCCUGCUGGCUUCACUUCACUGCCCCUCAUCCUGCACUGCAGAUAGUGUUGGUGCUGUGGAAGCAUAAACGUCUGAAACAGCUGGAGUCUGCUCUGCCACGUUAAACUGAAUUUGGGUUGGGGGUAAGAUGACUCACAUGUUAGUUAAGCUCCCUAUAAAGCUGUCCACUUUCAAAUACAACCAAAAACAAGUUGCUUGCUCAAAGCACCUUCGUGCUUACAAUCAGUGUCAGAAUGGAAAAGCUUCACCUAAUGGACACAGCUGCUGCCAGAUGUCUUACAGCUUUGAAUGUUUCAUACUUACAGAACUCCAGGUGCAGCGUAGAUGCAGUCAUAAGUGAAUGUAACAUAUGAAACAUUUCUAAAUGUACAUCACUGGUUAGCUGUUCACAUAGUGCUCUCAGGUACAGGAACAAGUUCUUGUUUCCUGAAAUGAUGCACAGGGACGUGUCUUUGCUGAGCUGGAGCAGUUAGGGUCACAGUAGAAUGCUUGUUCUUCUGAGUAAUUAUGAACAAAGUGUAUAGCUGUAAUAAUCUCAAAAACCCUCCAAACAUCAAAUUCUUGAAAAUAGCACGUGCCUCGUGAAACAAAAACUCAGUUCAGCUGCAAGGAAACAAGGAAACAAGUACCAGGAAAGCAGUGGUUUUCUCUGAGGACUCAUCAUUCUCCCAGCAGCCUCUGCACCUUAGAGGAGACGCAAUGAGUUGUGUCAUGAGUCUAAGUGUCAGUAUGCCUUAAAAGGCUCUCGUCAGAUCCCGAACCAGCGCUUGAUUCUUCAGUCAGCGAGCACACACUGCCAGCACAAGUGAAAAUGAUAGUAAACAUGAAAGCAACUGAAGAUACCCACUUAACAUUGGAGAGGAUAUAAUUAGAUGAUGCUGAACAGUGAUACUGUCAGCAUACUGAAUAUAAAUAUGACCUCUAAAAAUGUCAAACUAGUGCUCUGAAAACAUUUAAAAAAGUCAUGAAAUUCAUUGUUAAACUCUGAUUCUUAUAUCGUGCUUUUCUACUCUGUUUGGUUAGGAACAUGCAGCGACAACACCCGAUUAUCAGCUGCAGGUUAUGUGGUUUGGGUUAAAAUGUUUAAUAAGUCAAAGCAUUGUUUUUAAUGACAAGCAGGGGGAACCCUCCAACUGCAUGUAUGCAAAUGUGUGACACAAUUAGCCCACUUCUCCUAAACCCUUUUUACUAUGUUUUUGGUCUUAGUCACUAGUUUGAUGUUUUAGUGAACACAAUGCGAUGCUUCCUGUGUAAAAGAUAAUUAACAGUAAAGCAGGACACGCGUUACCAUAGUCGUGCAGUGUCCGAGGGGCUUCUGAUGAUUUAGGUUAACAUAGACCCAUUCACAAUAGCAACAACCCCACCCCUAGCUCAGAGUUAUUAGACAAAACACCAACCAAGUGAUCCUCAAGUGUGUGAAGUGAAGCCAGCUGGAGGACUGGCCCUGUCCUGAGGCUGAGCAUGUUCCUGACCCUUCAUUUGUCUCACGUCUUCCCAGCAUCCUUUGUGGAAUCAAGCAAACCCUGCUGCUUCUCCCUGACAGCAUGGUACGGCAGCAGCGACAUUGUGUGCCAUUUUCACUUUUGUCGACAUGAUGUGCUUUUUCUUUGACUCCGGGACAGAAGGAUGUAGAGUGGUAAUUGUUUUACUUUUCAUUCAAAGUGUAAAUAUUGUAAGAAAAUGUAUAUAUUUGAUUUUCAAAGGACGGUGUGUUGUGUUUCAGUUUUUCUGUGUUAUAAAAGACCAGGAACAAAGCUCUGCUGUUUUGCUGUUACCCUCAAACAGAACUGUCGGAUUGAGCCGGGCAUGACUGUUUCAGUGUUGAUCAUGUUUUUUGAUGUGGAAACUGUUACAUUUUGCUUGAUUGGGAGAAAAAAAUUACAAAAAUGUCUUCGUGUUUAGUUUCUUUUGCAUUAUUUCAAUAAAUGUCUUCUUUUCCCAUG